CAAUUUAUUCAAUAUCAUGUAAUCUGUUGAUAAACCAAAAAAUCUACUUUCGUAUCAUGAAUUUUUUUCCAUAGAUCGCAAAACUGGCCCGAAAUGGAAGUUUCUCCGUGGAAUAAAAUUCUGUCGCGACAUUUAAACAAAAAUUACAAAAAAUCCUCGUACAGAUUCAAUCAAUCGAGAUUCCAAAAGAAUUCACCUCAAACAUGAGAACUUUAGAUAGAAAAGAAAAAGUCCUCUUAGUUGCUAGUAUAUAAACCGGAAAUAUCAGCCAUGUGAUCUCAACCACAUUUGCUAGUCUGUUCAAUAGACUUUGUAUGCAGAAUGACUGACUCAAAAACAACAGGCAAGGAAAUAAAGAAAGAGAACUUACCAUCAUUUACAGAACUAUGCUCAAGCUCAAAGAUACAAACACCGCAUCAAAUAAGUAGAGCUAGUGACCCGUUAUCUUCUGGAUCAGGUACCAACAAAGAUGCAAUCAAAACAUUACUUUUAGCAUUUAGCCAGGAAAUAGGGACAUCCAUUCCAGAGCCCAAUAAUAGAAAUUAUAUCUUGUCCAAAUCGGAAUCACCUCAUGAAACUACUUCAACUAGAGAAUCAACGUCAAAUGAGUCCUUGAGUAAUUGUUUCCAACCAAAGAAUUUAGCUUUAUCUGAAAGUUUGAUAGAAGUAUUGCACUCAAUUGAGAGAUCCAAUCAUGCCCAUAGAGAGUUGUUCCCGUUUAUUAAUAGGAUUUAUCUAGAUCUAAUGGAGUAUGUGAACAGGACGAAAGUGCAGCAAGAACCUCAAGAGCUUUUCAACCUUUUAUUUCAGUAUGAAAGUCUAAAUGGUGAUCCUAUAGCUUCUAAAAUAUCUCGUGCUGAUUUGAAUGCUUUCUUACAAACAAUUCCAAUACAGGCGUUGGAAGAUUGUAUUCAAAACGCUGAGCUAGUUAAGAAGGGUCUUUGUGAUUGGUUGCAAUUUAGAUUGAAUGAAAAGGAGAAGGAACUACAACGAUUAUUACCAACACCAGUAUAUAGACAUUCAAGCACCCCAUUUCAAUCAACAGUGCAUAACUCAGGUCACAAACCUUCAAGUGACUAUAAUGCCAGUACAACCAACUCAGUUUCUGAGUCUGCAUCAAGUUCUAAUAGAUCAUCUACAUCGCCAGAAAGAAGGAAAGUUGAUCUCAUUGAUGAAAUCAAUGCUGAGAAGAAGAAGGAGAAGCUUGCUUCUUUGGGGAUUGACGUUGAAAAAAUCCCAACUAGUACAGUGGUGGGACAAUGUUGUCUUCAAUGUGACUCUGAUGAUACUCCAGAAUGGAGAAGGGGUCCUUAUGGUCCAAGAUCUUUGUGUAAUGCUUGUGGGUUAUUCUAUGGAAAGCUGGUUAAAAGAUUUGGUAAAGACCAAGCAGCCCAAGUUAUGGAGAGAAGAAAAUCACAGGGCAAUGGGAAAGAUAGAAGGAUUCCUAUAGAGUAAAAUAAACAAAUGAACUUU